AUCGUGUUAUUUUAUCUUUCAACGAGGAAGCAUAUCUGAUAUUCAUUACGAGUAGCUGAAUAAGAGAAACGAGGAGACUCGCGUGAAACAUUCGCUUUGUUUCGAAUGAUAGACAUGCUAUGUAAAAUUAAUGAUCUUAUCAGAUGAUGAAUAUAGCUGCAGUCAUAUGAACCGACAAAUAAUCACGAAUAGAUCACUGGAAGGAAGCAUCUUGCGUUAAACAUACUAAAUGAAUACUAAAACGUUAGCGACUGAUAUAGUUACCGCUGUCGUUGCCAUAAUAACUGGAAUGCAACGCGCAAUUAAUCCAAUCAUUCCAAUCGGAUAAUGACAAUUAGUUCGCGUGCACAUGAUGUGACAGUCAAUAUUCGAUGUUGCAAUCCAUCAAAGGUCAAGGAACAUCGGCGAAAUGGGUCGAACAAAAGCUCCCAAAGAGAUACAAGUAGAAACGUGGCUUACCAGGGACAAAAUAAGUCGAUAUCGUCCAAUUCUGAAGUUACAUGCACGCGACAAGAAGCUGCAGUUGUCGCAAGCUACGAAAUUGAAAUCAAUAGUCUCGAAGAAGAUCGCGUCUCUGGAAGUAGAUGUUAAAAGACAUCGCGAAAUCAUCACUGACUUGAGCGAUGACGGUAAACGACGUAUACUCGGAUCGUUGGCUGACCACAGAUUAUUUUAUUUGGCGUUUAAACAUCUGAAAUCAUCCCAAAUUUACGCGGCAGUAUGUCAAGAUUGCAAUGUGAAACGUCGUCUCUUGGACAAACUCUACCACGAAAGAAAUAAAAGAUUGCGACAAGGUAUCGAACUACAGUCGAAACGCUGUGUUCUUUCAACCGAGCUCGAGGAGCAGAGCGAGGAAUUACCGCACUGCGAGCAACAAAAAUUGAUAGCGAGAUUACAGCAAUCCAUCACAAAAUAUGACGCGGCGAAAGCGAUAUAUUCUACGUACUGCUCAAUGUUAGAUAUCUUGAGAAAGGACACAAUAUUCUUCGAUACCCUAUUGAAUAUUUUAAAAGAAGAUCAAUCUUCCCAAUGUAAAGCGAUGUUGAGGGUGACGGUGAUGGGUCAGCUAGCAGCUGAGAAUCUAGAUGACGUUAGACAGAAAUAUAAAAGAAUGACUCGUGCCGUUUUACGUAAUAUGAAAGUUAGAGAGCAAAUGUUGAGUACCGUGCGCUAUCAAGUAGAGGAUUUGUGGGCUUACGCGCAGUCAUUGGUUCGCAUUGAAAGCGACCACAUUUUUGCGAAAAAAGAUACCGAUGUAUCUGCCGACGCAAUAUUAGAAAAUCAGUUAACACAUUUGAAAAAUAUCUGCACUAAAGUAAAAGAAACUCUACUCGUGCGUUCUUAUUAUGACUUAUUAUCAAGACUUGAAAUCCAAUACGAACAGAAGAGAGCUUUGCUGGCGCGAUUAGAGGCUAAUAUAAAAAAUCGCGAUCUUUUGUUGAACAAGAAGAAUCAUGCUCUACACGUUCUCGAGAAUCUCAAACAUUCUACAAAAACUACAACAGAACACUAUAAAAUCAACGGUAUACACGAUAUGCUGGAACAAAUCGAGACUGAAAAGAAACGUGAGGAGGAUCUUAAAGAACAAAAGAAAACUCGCGGCGAAUUGUUCACGAAUAUCAGAGCAGCUUUACAGAAUAUAAACACGAUGUUGCUUUGUAUCAAAUAUAGUACCAAAGUUGCAAAGAAGCUACCCAGAGACGGGAAUAAGGCGGGACUAAAAGAAAGUACAAUUAUGAACGAGAGGGAAGAUGCGGAAGAACGUGAUAUGUUACUGGAACUCGAAGGAAUAGACACCGAUGUUUUGGUGCUAUUAUCGAAAAUCAGCCGGAAAAUAAGCAUUCUCUUCGGUAUGAGUAAUUUUAAUCUUGAGCAGGAAAAGGCAGACAGAGCGCGGGAUCUCUAUCAAACUUAUGUAUCUAAUUAUAAUUCCAAUUUGAUAUUUGGAACCGGUAAAGAAGAACCGAUUGGUAAAUAUUAUUAUUAUUAUUAUAUAUAUUUUACACAUUUUUGUCUAACAUACCAAUAAUCUCUUAUUG